GCCGAUCAGAAGUGCGCGAAAUAGGGAAAAACCAACAGAAACCGGGACAGUCACCAGAAAGUGAGGAUUAUUGUGGAAUUGUGUGAAGUGUUUCUGGGGGAGGGACCAUCUUACAAGUGCUCCUUAGUUGUUUCUUGGGUUGUUGGCGGGAGUUUUGCCGACGGGACGGGUUAAAACUUGUGUCAGUGUGUCUCCACGUGGUGCCUUAAAUGGUUGCAGAGUGUCCCUCAUCGGUCGACCGUUUUGGUUGCUGGUAAAAACGGAUAUCCUUUUCCUGGAGUGAGUGAACAGCUUUCAACUAGCUUUGUGUCGUCAAUCCCUGUAUCGUCAUUCAUUUUUCGCCGUUGAUGGUCAUCGUUGGUGCCGUCGGGUUUGAAGUUUUCUGCUGCUGCCGUCGGGUGAGUUUCGAGAAAUUCGAAACCAAUCAGUGAUAAAUAAAUGGGUAGUUCGGAGAAUUAACGGAAACGUGCAGCCCACGUGUGUGUUUUUUUCUGUUGCUGUGUGGGUAUUCAUUAGCGAGGGAGUGAGUUAAAGAAAAGCGAGGAGAAGCCUUGAGAACGGCGACGCGCAAUGCCAUGAAACAAAUCAGUGUCCACCGCGCUAGUGUUUAUGUGUGUGUAUAGUUUCGGCCCCAUUGCUCCGGUAACGACGAAUUCCUAAGUGUACCACAUCCGGUGUGAACCUGUGCUGCAGAAAUUUCCGUGGGGGGCUAAGUUCAGGUGGGGGUCAAACCAGUCAGUCAGUGAUUGCGAUGGACUUUCACCUUCUCUGUGUCUCUAUCUCGGAGGCUCUGGAAUUUUCACGCCAGCCUAGGCCAUGAACAAACCUUCCUGCCGCAACCUUAUCCGGCAGCAGCAGCAGCAGCGAUAGUCCGGUGUGGUUGAUGUCCGUGGCAAAGAAGACGAGGCCACUUCUUAACCUACCCCGAACCGGACCGGAAGGAAACCGCUUGACGCGUGAAUUGAUUAGCUGCCUUAGGAAAAUACAGAUGGAGGAAAAAUCCACAACAGCAAAACGCGGUAAACAAAACAGUGAUACUGCUACCUACUGGUGCUCCUGAAUAGAGGAAAACCGGUAUCCGGGUACAAGAAAACCCCGAAUCUCUAAUCCAACUGGAUUUUGUUUAGAAUCCUCGCCGAGCAAAACGAUUACGAAAGUGUGAAAAAGAAAUUAUAGUGCGUCGUUAAAAUCAACAAACCGACCGAGCCCAACCAAAUAAAAAAAGGGCCCCAAGCCUUCCGAAUCGUGAUUCUGGCGCGUGUGUUGGAUGUGUGCGGCUCAUUAAUUAAUCAAAACCAUUAUGCAAUGAUUAUACGGGCUUGUGCGACUAGUCGUCAGACCGCCUCCUGGAAGUCGACACCGUCCAACAUUGACCCGGAUUCCCCGGCUACCGAAAGAGAACCAACAUCAUCAACAUCAAUCGGGCGGCGGAAGGCGACGGUGCUUUUAGGUGGUGAUCGCUGGACAAUUCCGGCAACUAAUACCGGCCAGUUCCGGUAUCAACUGCAGCUGCUGCUGCACCAUCGACGGCGACGCGGAUAUCAACGGAUCAGCAGCAGUGGAGCAGCACAGCCCGGGGCAGGAUGGCCACCGCUAGCAAUCACCGGCACCGAAACUCGCCGGUCAUUUUCGGCCUCGUCCUGCUGCUUCUGGGCUUCCUGAAAGAGGUGAUAACUGCAAAAAACUACACAUUGAAGCCUCGGGUAGUGCUUCCAGAUGACUACGUCAAAGAGGUUCGACCCCCUUCGAAAAAGGGCACUCCGGUUGUGGUGGAAUUUAGCAUAUUUGUAGUAGACAUCAACUCGAUCAAUGUGGAGGACAUGGACUUCAGAGUAGAUAUGUUUGUGCACCAAAAGUGGGUUGAAUCGAGGCUGGACUUGCACGACGACAUCUUCGAGGACGGUGACGAUCACGUGAUACUUCCGCCGGAGUUUUUCGAUAACCUCUGGCAGCCGGAUCCGUACUUUCUCAACUCCAAAAUUUCCGGUCAGUCUUUUGUAAAUCAAGGUAUUAAUAAAGUUUUGUGUGGCAAACUAAGUUGUAUGACUUCCAUGCGUCAACAAGAAAUUGCAACCCUGACGCACAAGUUCUCAUCGGUGACGUUGUACAAAAACUCGACGGUCCGGUACGCCUGCAUGAUGCACGCCAUCAUCGCCUGCCAGAUGGAGUUCCAGCUGUAUCCGAUGGACAUCCAGAUCUGUCCAAUCUACAUCGAAAGCUUCUCCUACCACAAUCAGAAGAUCCGGCUCAAGUGGGCCGACAACGGGGUUACGCUCAAUCCAGAACUAAAACUGUUGCAGUACAAUCUGGGGCAGCCGCUGCAACUGGAGGAAACCGACGGGUACAUGCCAGAGAAAUACGGAAACUUCUCCCGGUUAGCAGUGUACUUUCGGUUCGAGCGCCAGAUCGGCCACCACCUGAUACAAACUUUCGCGCCCUCCACUCUGGUGGUGAUGCUGUCGUGGUUCAGCUUCUGGCUCGGCCUGGACGCCAUUCCCGGCCGGGUGACGCUACUGGUGACCUGCAUGCUAACGCUGGUGACCAUGUUCACCGGAAUGCGGGCCGACAUUCCUCCGGUUGCCUACGUGAAGGCUCUCGACCUAUGGAUGGCCGGCUGUAUGAUGUUCGUGUUCUCAGCGCUAGCCGAAUUUGUGGUCGUGAAGGUUCUGGACGUCCAGUACCAGUACCAAGUGAACAAGGUCCCCAAAAUACUUCCGAUGCGGAUCAGUGCCAUGGAGAAGGGCCAAUGUACCACGGUCGCCAACUGGGAGGGUGGAACGGUGAAUGUGCGGCCCCGAAAACCAACCCAGACGCCAACUACCCCUGGUCAGGUGUCCCUUCAGGGUAAUGGUGGCCCGCAGCCACCACCUGUGAGGCAAACGACCCGCCGCCAGAGUAUUCUUUCCGUGGCGUGGACAGACACGGACACCGGAAUCGAAAAAAUCAUGUGGCGGGAAAUCGACAAAAUGUCCCGGGUAGUGUUUCCCGGACUAUUCCUAGUAUUCGUCAUACUCUACUGGCCAAUACUGAUAUUCAAAACCUCCUGAUCUUCAAUGAACUCGGAGGCGUAGAACUUUUACAAUAGCACCCCAAGUAGGACUCUUAACUGGCGAACAGCCACAAUUCUACGACACCUCUCCCCUUAGAGAAAAAAAUGAACUAGAUGCUAUUUUACCCAUUACUAUACUACCUACUUUUUCCGAACUUCUUUCAAAUUUCUCUCCAUUCGAUUCUAAAUCUUUUAUUCACACUGCCCUUCGGAGCUCCCUUGAAUAUUAUCGUUGAUCAUAUUUAAUUCGACUCAUUAGCACCCACCACACUUAUCCAAACUUGAUUUUUUUUAGGAUUAAGAAUCAGUCAUCUGCGAACAUCGAGUGAGAGGUUGUAGCGAUCGUUUAACUAAUGUAAAGCUUUUAAAACAUGGUUCUACAUGACGUGUAAGAUACCGAAACCCGAAACAAUCGAUUGUCAAUCGAUUUUAGUGCGAAGUUUUAGACGUUAAUUUAUUCCAACCAACCUAAAAGACAGAUUCAGUUACCGAAUGAAUUAUUUAUAAGACAAUAGCAGAAACUUAUUAUCGAAACAUACAACUACAAAAUGAAAACAAUACGUUGAUUUUUCAUUCACAAUCUCUAUUCAAAUUCAGAAUUCAAAUAUGUACAUAAUGCAAAACCAAAAUUCAGUUUCAUAAUUUUGAUUCCGUUUUAGAAUUCAGACUCAGAUUUCCGACUCCGAAAGCAAGUUUAGACAAAAUUCAAACUUAAAUUCACACUCAGAAAUCAAAUUAAAAAUUCAGACUCAGGAUUCAGAUUGUUUAUUGUUUUAUUGUUUUAACAAGGUGUCGGUUUAUCCGAAAUUUCUUAUUUGAAUAGCUAGAGUUAAAAAUCGGGAUACAAGAAUUUAUUUUCUAUACAAAAAAAAGGAUUUCAAACAUUAUUAAAAUAUUUCGACUCAAUCACAGUACAUCGAUUGCAUUAUCGUUAAACCAGUUUUAAAUUCGUAAUUUUAUUGAGAUAUGAGGUGGAAAAAUGAGCACAUCACGCCGAUACAAAGUCAUAGUUAGAAGCUUAUCAAAUUGAAAAUCAAAAUUAUCAUUCUCCCUAAAGCGAGAAGCAAAUUUGAAAGAAAAAAAAACGCUGUGAAAGCAAUAAGUACCUUAUGCUAGUAUAAAUUAAGAUCACUGAGAUGUUUAAGCAGUUUGAAAAAUCACUACACUAAAACUGCUUACAUUUUCAGCAAACAUGGAAACCGCCAUGCUUAUUAGAAGAAAAAAUGAGAAAAAAUAACGCAAAACGCAUUUCAUAGAAUUGCACACAUCGCCGAAUCAGAGGAACAAAAUAAUAACGUGCAGUAUUUAUGCAUCAGUUGAAAAUUUAGAGUUCUUUAGCCGAAAAUGGAAGUUGUUUCAAAUUUUUAGACUCCGAAAGAAGUUGAAAAAUUUAAACUGACAAAAAAAAUCAAAUGCUGUGCCUUUCUAACGUUCACAAAACAAAAAAAGUUUAAAGAAUUUUUGAGCACACGAGAUCGAAGAAAAUGUUAAUAUAAAACAAAUAUAAAAAUGAAAUAUUAAAAAUUAUACAAAAAAUAUAUAAACUAAACAGAAAGAACGUCAAAAAAGAUACUCGAAAGCUUUCACACCUUGCUUUCGAUGUGUUCGCAAAUUCAUCGAAAGGGCUAAUUACUAUUUAUGAAGAGAAAAUUAAAACCAAUAACAAAAAUAUCGUUAGCUUUAACAAAAACUGUAGAGAGCCGGAAUGCGAAUUUUAAAAUUAUUAAAGUUUUACUCAGUAUAUGUAAGAUACAGAAAGAAAAACUUAUUGCUAAUCUGCAGAGGACAACAAACCAAAUCAUACAUAAACCAAAUAAAAUUUCAAAAAAAACACACACACGUAUAUAUUUAGUAGCUGGUAAGAAAAAAUUGUGAUACAUUAAUUAGCUAGUUACCAAAGUUUAACUUAAAACAUGAUACAAGAACACGCAGUGAGUUGAGAAAGGAUUUUGAUACGUGCAUAAAAUGUAUUUUUUUCAUCACUGUUAUAACAAAACAGUUUAAAAACUCUUGACCUAUGUGUGUUAGGCGAGGUGUAACGAUAUGUCUAAUCCACGAUUUUUCAGCCAUUUUGAUUUUACAACUGUGGCAGAGGUGCCAGAUUUUCACAAUUUAACAACAAAGCCCUCCAGUUCAAACAAAUUUACCGAUGUUUACAAACAAACUCACUGAACCUCACCGUGCUCUCCUCGCCUACUUACUGACAAAGUCAGAGAACCUUGUGUUCUAAUAAUCUUGCUCUUGAUUAAUGAACUUUCAACUGAAGUUCGAUAUACAUGAUUCAAUAAACGAAAAUCGUCGAAAUUUAUUUUCUGCUUUUUCAAAAUACUUUCUCAACUCACUGUGCAAAAAUCGUUAAAUCAAAAUACUGUGAAGGGUCACGAUUGAAGCUCACAAGGCAGUCUGAGCUCAAAUACUCGAAAGCUCCGCACACAUUCGUUGCCAUAUAAUGCGUGCAAGGAUGUUUCGCCUAAAUGAACAAAAACUGGUCCAAUGUUUCGGUUUCGAAAUUCGAUUUAAAAAAAAAACUAAUCGAACACUAAAUAUAGCCUUUAAGGAUGUUACGUUUGAAUGGCAAAAUGGGCAACCAUUUUGUUUAACGCGCGUUUUGUGUUAUCUUAUAACUACAAGAGGGAAACUACAGCGCUUGAUUGUGUAAAUAUUAAAUGAAUAAAAACUAGUUUAUAAAUUAUGGUGCGCUUACAACGAAAAACUUUCCCUAUAGUAUUGUAAGAAGUUUUAAAAGUAAAAAAAAAUACUCAAACACCAGAAGUCACACAGCUUAGGCAGCAUGCAUUUCACAGCAAAAAUAACAAACAAAAACAGAACAACAUACUGAGAAAACCAUAAACGUUAUUGAAAAAUAAACUACCAGAAAAAUACUAUUAAAAAAACCAAAAUGUAAGGAAUAAAUUACUUGAGUUGAAUUUCGUUGACAUUUGAUCGUUAUCGAGUAUAAAUAGAAUAUUCUUAUAAUUUUUUCAUCGAUUUUUUUCGUAAAAAAAAAGUGUGUCAGAGGAAAACCAUGAAACAGCAGCAGUUAUCUCUGGUUGAGAAAAUAUGUAAUGCUAGGUCCCAAAAAGAGGAUGGGCGUUAAAUGAUUUUUAUAAAAAUCGAUAUCCAAAAU